CACAGAACAAUAGUAGUACCAUAGACCCUUUAUUCUUAACCUAACCUUUUACUUUUAAAAGGUCUAUGGGUGUGACAUGGUUCUGUUUUCAAGAAGACGUAACCAAUGUCAUUACGCCACGUACGCGUUUUCGUUUCCGUCGUCAAAUAUUAUAUCAAUCUGAGCGUUACGUGUGCGCGAAUUAUCCGCCGUCGUGUCCGCUCACGUUAUCAUUACGCCGCGUACGCGUUAUCCGUCCAGUCAUUCGCCAGUCAUUCGCAACCGGCCGACGGUCGCGUCGACAUAUUAAUAUUUCGACGACGCUCGUUCAAGUUCGCCGUCGUCAAAUAUACCAAUUUGGGUAUUACGGGUGCGAUAUUCACCGUCUUGUUUACCCACGUUGUCGUUACGCUACGUACGCGUUUUCCGUUCCGUCCUUUACCGACGCGCGUCCAUAUUCGCCGCCGUCAAAUAUAAAAUCAAUCUUACGAUUGCGCGUAUUAUCCGCCGUCGUGUCCGCUCACGUUAUUAUAACGCCCACGUACUCGUUUGUACGUGCCUCGUUUGCCGCCGCGCAAGUACCCUCCCUUCAGGGUACGUUCCCUUCAGACUAUCGCAAUAUCCAUCCUGUACGGCCAUACGAGUGUGCGUCCCCUUUGCCGUCGUAACAACUAACCGUUCGGGGCAAUACGAGUGAGCGUUUUUCUUCUGCCGCAAACAUUAUUGGCCGACAGUCGUAAUAUACUCGCUGACGAUUUCGCCUACGAGUUGCCGUGCUAAGACAUCCAAGCCCUGGACUUCAUAAAUAUAGGUACAAUUUAAAAUGCGACAUGUCAACAUUCAACAAAACUUUACACAAGUGGUUGAAGCUGAUGAAUUCCUAUCACUAUCAUCUGAAAAGUUACUUAAGUUCAUCCCCAGUGAUGAGCUUACGGUGCUAUCUGAAGAAAAAGUAUUUGGAUGUGUUGUUCGUUGGGUAAAGCAUGACUCAGAUUCUAGAAAAUGUAUUUUACCCCAAUUGUUGGAACAUGUUCGUUUACCAUUAACAUCGGAAUCAGGAACUCUAAAAAGUGUGGAAGCAUACAGACCAAGUACAGGAGUUUGGACUACAAUGGCAGACAUUCAUUUGCUUCGAAAAAAUCUAGGUGUAGUUGCAUUAGAAGGAUUAUUGUAUGCAGUCAGUGGACGUGACGGAUUAUCUAUGUUGGAUUCUGUAGAGUUUAACAAUCCUAUCACAAAUACUUGGACCAUGCCAGGAGCGUCAAUGAAUGUACCACAGUGUUAUGGGGGAGCAGUAGCCAUUGAUAGACCAUUUAAUAUUUAAAAUUUGUUAGCAUACAUGAUUUUACAAACAUCCUACAGACAUAAACACGAAAAAAAAAUGUAUACUAUAGAUCUAUCAAAUAAUUUAUAAAGUUUACAAAUAGAUGCAUAUUUGUUUUAAUAUUUAUAAAAAAAAUAUUGUAUUUAUAUUGUUUUUUGAAAAAUAGAGAAUGCUCAUUGCGCGAGUUGUA